GUUGGAUCACUUCCCAUCGCUACCUAGAUUUUAUUUUACAUAAACAAAACCUAUUACCUUAAAAUUACACACACAUAUAGAUACAGCGACAAUACACACACAGAGCUCUCACUCGCCGUGUCUUCAUUUCUCUCGCUGGAUUGUUUCGUUAUUUGAUUGAUUCGAGUUCAUUGAUUAUUUGAAUUUCAAGAUUGAUUUUUCUGAGAAUUAAGGCUAUUGGUUAGUGUUUGGUAGAGAUUUGAAUGGGGAUGAUUUGUGAAAUGUGAUACAAGGAUGCCGGAAGGAGUGAGAAGGGGGAGACCAAAGAAGGCACAGAAUCAGCAAGUUGAUAAUUUGAAUCCGGUUGUGCAAGGAGAGGGGAUUGCUACAAGGACACGGAGAAGAAGGGCAGCGGCUGCAGCUGCAGCUCCGGCUGUUAAUGAGAACGCGGCUGUUGCAGCGCAGCCGCCUGAACCUGUAGUAGCACCGCGAAGACAGCCUGUAAGGGAGGCUCAGCGAGAGGAAGUAGCUGAGAAGCCAAUGGAUGUUGCCAGUGUAGGGAAGAGUGGUGAGAAGGCUAAUGCUGGUGACGAUGAAGGAGUCAACACUCCAGUACCUGAUACGGUUCAGGUUGGAGGUUCCCCUUCAUAUAAAGUACAAAAAAAGCUUGGCAAAGGAGGUUUUGGACAAGUUUAUGCAGGUCGCCGCAUACCGUCUAUUUUUACCAAAGAAAGAGGCCCCGUUGAAGUGGCUUUGAAAUUUGAACAUCGAACAAGUAAAGGAUGUCCUUAUGGACCACCAUCUGAGUGGCAAGUAUACAACACUCUCAGUGGCAAUCAUGGUGUACCAAAGGUGCACUUCAAGGGCCAGCAAGAUGACUAUUAUAUUAUGGUUAUGGAUAUGCUUGGACCAAGCUUAUGGGAUGUCUGGAAUAGUAACUCACAGAUGAUGGCCACUGAAAUGGUAGCCUGCAUUGCCAUUGAAGCAAUAUCAAUUUUGGAGAAGAUGCACUCAAAAGGGUAUGUGCAUGGAGAUGUAAAACCUGAGAACUUUUUACUUGGUCGUGCUGGUACUAUGGAAGAGAAGAAACUCUAUUUAGUGGAUCUUGGAUUAGCUAGUAGAUGGCGUGAUACCGUAUCUAACAAACAUGUUGAGUAUGACCAGAGGCCUGAUGUUUUCAGGGGGACAGUCCGCUAUGCUAGUGUGCAUGCACAUCUCGGCAGAACUGCUAGUAGGAGAGAUGAUUUAGAAUCUCUUGCUUACACACUCAUCUUUCUACUCCGUGGUCGUCUACCGUGGCAAGGAUAUCAGGGUGAGAACAAGGGGUUCUUAGUGUGCAAGAAGAAGAUGGGAACAUCACCUGAAGUUCUCUGCAACUUUAUUCCAGAUUCUUUUAAAUUGUUUGUAGAACAUGUGGUAAAUCUUAAAUUUGAUGAGGAGCCCAAUUAUGCCAAAUAUAUAUCCUUCUUUGAUGGGAUUAUCGCUCCAAAUCCAGACACCAGGCCACUCAACACAGAUGGAGCUCAAACGCUUAUACAUCAGGUUGGCCAGAAGAGAGGUCGAUUGGCAUCGGAUAACGAGGAAGAUCAGCAACCCAAGAAAAAGGUUCGAAUUGGGAUGCCUGCAACCCAAUGGAUCAGUGUAUAUAAUGCUCGUCGGCCAAUGAAGCAAAGGUAUCAUUACAAUGUCGCAGAUGUGAGACUUGCGCAGCACAUCGAGAAAGGAAACGAAGAUGGUCUAUAUAUUAGCAGUGUUGCAUCUUGUCAAAAUCUGUGGGCUCUCAUUAUGGAUGCAGGCACCGGUUUCAGUGACCAAGUUUAUGAGUUGUCACCGCAUUUUCUUCACAAGGAAUGGAUAUUAGACCAAUGGGAAAAGAAUUACUAUAUAAGCGCAGUUGCAGGGGCUAACAAUGGGAGCUCGUUAGUGGUUAUGUCUAAAGGUACACAGUAUCUGCAACAGUCGUACAAAGUUAGUGAUGCAUUUCCUUUCAAGUGGAUUAAUAAAAAAUGGAGGGAGGGAUUUUAUGUUACUUCCAUGGCCACCUCUGCGAGUAGAUGGGGAAUUGUCAUGUCUCGUGGUGCAGGAUUCUCGGAUCAGGUGGUUGAACUCGAUUUUCUUUACCCCAGCGAAGGUGUUCAUAAGCGGUGGGACAGUGGAUAUCGGAUCACCGCCGCCGCAGCAACUUGGGAUCAAACUGCUCUAGUAUUAAGUGUGCCAAGAAGAAAGCCCGCUGAUGAAACACAGGAGACCUUACGUACAUCUGCUUUCCCGAGUACACAUGUGAAGGAUAAGUGGGCAAAAAACCUGUACAUUGCGUCUGUUUGUUAUGGGCGUACUGUUUCUUAACCUCGCAGCAAAUUUUAAGGUUGAGAAGCUGACAAUUGACAACUAUCAAAUUGGAAGAUAGAGUUAUUUUGUUGAAAGCUUCAAAACUUGUAUCUUGAGUGGGGAGUUGAGUAUCUGGAAUUUUGAUGGUUUCAAAACUUUUCUGUUGUAGCUAAUAGUGUUGUGUACUAGUCAUCCAGUCGUCUGGAUUCUGGCUCUUUUAGGCCCCGUCGGUGACAUCUGAAGUUUCUUGCAUUGUUCUUGUUCCCUUUUUUAUUUAUACAUGCAUGUAAAGUCCUUUACCUAGAAGAUGUUUCUUUCGCAACUGUCGCAUCUCAGGUUUAGUUCAUGAUCCAUUACCUUACUCAAGUGAAAUGGGGAUGUCUUUCAUAUUGACUAACAUCUUUUCUAAAUUUUCAAGUUUUGCUUC